GCAAAAUCUCAUUUUAAUUUUUCGGUUCUUCCACCAAACUUCCGCCAUCAACAGACUGGCAGACUCCAGUUCUUCAAAACGCAUUCCUACUCCAUUAUGUUAUGCUUUAAUUAAUUGUGGAAUCCAAACUAUGCUAUUACUAUAAAAACACUUGCAUUUCAAAAUUCAGUGUACUCUCUGUUUCCUAAAAGUCAACUCAUUCAGUUCCCCUUCCAGCCCACCACCCCCUCUCCAGCUUUUAAAAGUUGAAAAUUCACCGAACCUAAACUGACCAAACACAAAUAGACUAAAAACUGUUUCUGGGUUUUCCUCUCCGUUCCCGAAUCUCAAAUGGGUCGGAAGCCAAAUGAGUCCGAUACCAAUAGGUUGGGUUCAAAGAUUCUUCUUUUUUUGGGGAUUGUAUCAUGCACAAUGGUGUAUUUGUUCAUGUCAGCUGUGUUGAGGCCUUCUGAAAUUACGAUUACUGAGCCUUUGACCAAAUUGGAUGAAGAAAGUGGGAGUCUCGAAGGUGAUGAAAGCGCCGGUUGCUGCAGAGGGAUCCCUCAAUUGGAGUUGUGGGGGCCUGCUGUGAAGUGGGGUACAGAUUUUAAGUUUAAUUCUUCUGAGGAAUGUUGUAAGGCUUGUAAAGCAAUGUGUACAGGAAAAGAUGGGCCUUGUUUGUGUGAUUCUUGGGUUUUUUGUGGGAACAGAGAAGCUUGUGGAUCACAUUUUGGUGAGUGCUGGUUGAAGAAACAGAAAGACACUCUUAACCCUGAUCGGCAGGAAGCAGGGAACAAAGUUAUGUGGACUUCUGGCCUUGUUUUUGGAAAGGGAGAAGGCAUUAUUGGGAUGGAAACUGAGUAUGGAACGCUUCACAUAAAGCUGUUGCCUGAAUGUUCGCCACAUUCAGUUAACUACAUACUAGAGUUGUUGGCGUUGCGCCAUUGUGCAGGAUGUCAUUUUUAUCGUGCUGAAAUGCGUGGUCAAUCUUGGGAUUCGCAGGGAAACCACAUAAAAGAUGCUUCGUUUGGUCCUCCAUUCGCCCUAAUUCAAGGAACACUUGAUGCCCAAGGGACAGCUUUCAAUGGCAUGCCCACUGAGUUCUGUCCAACCCUGCAAUGGGGAUCUGUAGCGUGGGUUGGUGCCGGCCCUGAAUUCUUCAUAAGCCUAGCGAAUCAUGCAGAGUGGAAAAAAUCUUACACAGUCUUCGGGACUGUACUCCCCGAGGACAUGGUGAUUGCAGAGAAAAUUGCUCAGCUUCCCACCGAACCAGAUGUUUGGAACAAUAUCAAUGUGGCAGUGUUGAAGAAAACUGUACCUUUAAUGCUUCGCAGAACAAAGAGCAGUGAGGGACUAAACCUGAGCUCUAAAUAGGAUACAACUCGUUAUAGCAGCUAGUUUGUAAAUUAGCUUAAAAGCUACUAUCUUUUUCUUCAGUUUACAGUUCCAAACUGCAAGAGACUGCAUUAAGCUUGCAUUCAACAGAAUACAGAAAAAAAAAGCUUAAGAGAUUGGCUUUUAACCCUCUAUUUCUUUUCUUGAGAGUGGAACACCAAAUUAAAAGGAAAUUUCAUUAGAGGGAGCCAAAAAAGCUUCGCAUAUUGAUAGUUGAUCCGGCAGAAGUUUGGAUGGAACUUUAAUUUUUAUAGUUUGAAUUUAAAUGAAAACUGAGGAAUUGUUUGUAUAGGCAGUUUGAUCAUUCCUUC